CGUAGAAUGAAGGAGAACGGGCUAGUUUCCUCUGAUUGUGGCAGAAGGAGCCGUCAGCUUAGGGGGGGCUUCGACUCUCUGCGGGGAUCUGCUUCAGUUUACGAACCGAGAAGAAGCGACGGAUUCUAGGCGACAUUUCAGGCGAUGGAUAACAGCAGCCGGACUGUGGUGGUGACAGGUUUUGGACCAUUUGGAGAACACACUGUCAACGCCAGCUGGGUAGCAGUUCAGGAAAUGAAGAAACUUGGAUUGGGGAACAAUGUGGACCUGCAUGUACAUGAGGUUCCUGUAGAGUACCAGAAAGUCCAGAGUUUGGUUCCCUCAUUGUGGAAGCAAUUUCAUCCACGGCUCAUCGUCCAUGUGGGAGUCUCAGGGAUGGCCACCACUGUGACGCUGGAGAAGUGUGGCAGAAAUCACGGCUACAAAGGCCUGGACAACAGCAGCUUCUGUCCAGACUCACAGUGUUGCAUCGUGGGAGGCCCAGACUGUAUCAACUCAGUUAUUGACAUGGAGUUGGUCUGCAAGAGAGUGACUGCGACAGCUGGACUGGGAGUAGCUGUGACCGUCUCCAAAGAUGCUGGAAGGUACCUCUGCGACUUCACCUACUACACGUCUCUGUACCUGAGCCGCGGCCGCUCCGCCUUCAUCCACGUGCCUCCUCUGGGAAAGCCUUACAGCGGGGAGGAGCUGGGCCGCGCGCUGCAGGCCAUCAUCAGGGAGAUGCUGGAGCUCCUGGACCAGGCAGAGGACCAGAUCCACUGCCAGCAGCACAUCCACUAAGUGACCUCCCUCCAGCGUCUCCAGCCCGAGCCACACAAGAGUAAUUGCACUUGACCACAAGUAGCCAAAACUUCCUUUUCUUGUUUUUUUUUUGUUUUUUUUGCUCUUAAUUUACUGAACUUUUGAGAUUUGGCCCUUUUGUUUAUAUCACUAUAUAUGUUUCUGUUUUCCCUUCGUCACUUAAUGUCUCCCCGUGGUAAGAAGAUAAAAUGGGAGUCUAAAGGGAACAUUUAAGUUUAAAAUCUGAUUUAAAAGAGAUACACGAGAGCAAGUCGCUGCUUUUGUUUUAUAUUUGGUCACAAACGGAGAUACAAAGAGUCUGUGAUGUGACGUUAAAUACGAUCUAAAAGCCCAAAUGUGACUCCUAUUAAUGCACCUUAUAGGGUUAGGGUUACUGUAGGAGACACAUCUGGGAAUCUGUAGCAUCAGAUCGAGAUUUUAUUUCUUUUUUUUUUUUACAUGUUCAAUUGCUAAAUAUCUAGAAGAUGUCAAUGUACAUAACACAACAUGGUUUAAGUAGAAAUGUUUAGCUGUAAGCUUCAUUCUCCGUCACCUUUUGUGUCCUGAACUCAUCCGUCUUCUUUCCCUUUUGGUGUUGAAUUAUUUCCGAGUCGGUUUUCUUUAUAAGAAGUUGUGAAUUUGCCUUCCUUUACAAAGGUUAUUUAAAUCAGGGAACGGGUUGGUUCCAGCUCAUACUUCCCCAGUUUGUUGGCCCAGUUCUGACAGAAAUAAAUAAAUCUGCCCCGCUGAGAUCUGACCCCGGACUGUGCAAUGAAACUUUACGGAUCUCCUUCACUGGAAACCUUCUCAAAGUCAGGAUUUUACGGCUGCACACCUGUUGACAAAAGGCUCAAGUUUUUAAGUUUCCUGGCAGAAUUUAAAAAUAAAUUAUUUCUUUUAAGGUUAGUAAACGAAGAAAAUACUGGAAAAUGUUUGUUUCUCCCAUUUUAGUGUUUCAGAUCAGAG